AUGAAAAAAAUGACUGGAAUAUAUUCUAGCCAGAUUGGCGGUUCUCACUGCCCCACUCCCGUACUUCUCGAUGCUACGGUCGACCCCGAGUUGCUCUUCCUCUUCAAGUUUAUUCAGUGGAAACUCUAUGAAUUCCCUGCCAUGCCCGUGGGGACCAUUCAUCUUACAGUCUGGGAGAAACUCUUUGGUGAUUCGACAAAUUUGUCAUACGCAACCAAUUCGUCCCCUGUUAGAAUAUUUGCCACCAUAAGGAUUAAUAAGUCUGAUAGCCUUUUUGGAGAGUCAAAGGAGAAAGCAAUUCUCUGGUUUUGGCUGAGUAAAAGUUGUUGCAAAAAAUUCACGCGCGACAACAGUUUCGUUCCGAUUAUCACGGGAUUUUUCACCAGUACGUUACUGCUGCAUAUGUACGAAAUGCAGUCAUAUCAAAAGAACCAACCAACCCACCUUGCGAACAACAAAACCCUCAUAGUGUCGGCUGCGUCGUCGCCUUUGAGAAAUAUGGUUACUCCCUUCUCGAGACCAGUGAACGCGCUACUCGGGGCGGAUCGGUAUCGCUGUGAUGAGAGUCCUGAAAUGGAGCAUAAUCCUCAAGAAUGUAGGUGUUCUCCUUGGGGGCGGGAUAAAGAUGACUCUAUGUACCUUUGGAGUUACCCCAUUACUAAAAAGGCGAUAGGUCAUGAGGGAUUUAAAACAGGAGUUAGUAAUGAUAUUGUAAGUUUUAGCGCACAUAUUGAUUUUUUGGAUGCUUACAUUUCACACGUCCCCAACUGGGAUCUCAAAUUCGGCGCCGGUCAUUUCUACCGGAGGCCAAUAACUAGAGCGUUCUUGGGAAUUUCUACUGCAUCAGUCAAAUGCCCUGGAUUCAGACUGCGCAAAUUGGCUGCCCGAAUAAUACUUCUGAGCUCAUUUUCGCUUACCCAACAGGUUGUCUCUUUGUAUGAGUGGCGAAUAGGGGUUGCGAAGGCCCUAAAAACGAAGAUGUGGUUAGGAAAUCCACCCCCGAUGACUGGGAUAGAGGCGGAAGCCUGUUUACCCGCGGAUUUCUCCCGUCGAGAGGUCGUAACUUCUCAAUGGGACUUAAUGAUGGGUUUGGUGUAUACUACAAGAGAUAAGGCGAGACUGAUGCGAGUAAUGCGUGAUGACCCUCAGUUGGAGGAAAAUGUUAAUUAUAGAUUCUCCACUAACAGUGUCCUACAGUCCUACAAUUUGAUCGGGGUUGAGCUUUCUGGUGUUGCUGAUGGAGCGCUUAGCAAUGUUGGUUCUUCCGCAAUGUCUAGGCUCGAUUUUAACAUUUUUGCAAAUGGGGGCGCGUUGGAGCCAAUGUCCCAUUUUCCCAUUGUCAUAGAGAUGCAAAAGAAGAUUUCGGUUGGAAGGUUUGCGCGCGAGGACGCUUCAGUUCACUAUAGUGAGGUGAAGAAGAGUGCAAGCUUAAUGGCGAAUCAAACCCCCUGCUAUCUCAAAGCACGUACCCCUAAAGAAGAAAUGGACGUGGGAAUUAAAGAUUUUGGGCACACCUGGGCACUGGUCGUUUUUUUUUUUUUUUGGCGAAGUGGCCGGGGCUUGGCGUCUCUUGUGCUAGCACCUCGAAAAGUGCCUAGGCGGGCCUCAUUCUCCCUCGAGCUCCCCGCGAAGGAUCUUGAAAUUUGGUUGUCUUUGGGUGCAUCUAUUCCAGCUUGGAUAGGACGGUACUGGUCGAAUCCUUCGGGGCCGGGGUUUUUAGGAGGGAUAUUUGUGAUAUCAUCGACCCCACCGCAUGAUAUCUUACCACAAACCUUAAGAGAUUGUCAUAAUUACCACAUCGUCAUGCCAUCCCGCGACAGUGUGUCCAACCUGUACGGUUAG